UGAUGAGCGCUGACCACACGAGUGGACUCUGACCCAGAACAACAGGUGAGGACUUUGCCUAAAUUUGCCUAAGAGCUGCAGAGUUUCUUCAACCAAAGACCAUCAGCUCAGAGAGCAAAGAGAGCAGCAUCAUGAUGGAGCAGAUCUUGUUGGGAGUCUUGUUUCUCUCAGGGUGGUCCAUCUGUCCCACACGUCCUCUCCGUCAGUACCACUACAUUCCUCAGAACAUGACCUGGACUGAAGCUCAGACCUACUGCAGACAGAACUACACCGACUUGGCCACCAUCGAAAACACUGAAGAAAUUAACCAGAUGAACACAAACGUUUCAUCUGCUGGUUCCAACUCUGAGGUCUGGAUUGGACUGAACAGUUUCAUCAGCUGGCAGUGGUCAGAUGGUUCCACAGGAAGCGGGGCCGAAUACAGAUCCUGGGACAAGAGUCAGACAGAUUUUCAGAAUAGUUCUGACUACUGUGUUGUUAGCUUAUUUGGAAAUUGGAUUUGUGUUUCCUGCGUAGACAGUUACCCGUUCAUCUGCAAUAAAGGAACUCACCCGGAUCCUGAGUUUGUUCUUGUACAACAACCAAAGAAUUGGACCAGUGCUCAGACCUACUGCCGGGAAAACUUCUUCGACUUGGCCACUGUGAGAAACGAAACUGAGAACGAGAAGUUGAUAGAACUGAGCAGGAUAUCGUGGAUCGGCCUGUUCACAUCUCUGAACACUUCGUGGUCUGACGGGAGCAAAUCCUCGUUCACAAACUGGGAUUCAGCUCAAGACCCACUGCAUUUGGAUGGCAAAUGGUGUGUUGCUUCAUCAGGAACAUGGAGACUCAAAGCCUGUGAGACCAGAUUACCAUUUGUUUGUCACGGCGAGUCGUCUCCACCCACUCCAGGGCAGACUGACGGAGGGUGGAGUGGGCGGAGUCAGCCUGAAGUGGAGAGAGCAAGCUGAUGGGAAGGUUUUCAUCAAAGAGAGCGACGGUUCAGAGAAAACC